AUGGAAGCUUCAGCUUCAUUGUCAAGCAUACCUCAUGAGAUCAUUCGAUUUAUACUUUUGAAGUUGCCAGUGAAGUCUGUGAUACGAUGCAAGUGCGUAUGUAAACAAUGGCGUUCGUUGAUAGACGACUCGGAUUUCAAGUUCUCAUAUCGUGGACAGCGACGAGUGAUCUUCCUCUCCACCGAAUCCACAAGCAAGGAUCGAGGUCGUCCAUUGAGGUCGGUUUCCAGAUUCUCAGUUAGAUCUACAAGCCAUGAUCUUCGUCUUCGAAGGCAUAAAUGGCCGUUCGGACAGGCGUAUCCAGUGAUUCGUGCAAGCUUCGAAGACAAUCUUGAAGUUUUGUGUUCUUGCAACGGGUUUGUGCUUCUUCUGGUGGCUAAAAUUGAUAUUUGGUUGUGGAAUCCGUCCACCAAGUGUUCGACGAAAGUUCUCGAGUGUCCAUAUUCGGAGGAGUCUAACCCAAUUAUGUUUGGAGGGCUAUGUUACGACUCCUCCACUAGAGAUUACAAGGUUGUCCUAUCACUUCGUCCCAUAGGACUGGAUAGUUGGGAAGAUUAUGGCUAUCCAUUUCUCAUCUCAGCCAGCUUGAACCACAAAGAGUGGCGACCAGUGCAGUUCCCUUGUAACAUGGAAUCUGUUAGGGGCGGUGUUGAGGGCGGGGUUGAGUUUCACAAUACAUUUCACUGGUGGGCAAGUGACAUGAAAGAUUGGGAUUGGUAUAAGAAUUACGAGUGGGAUAAGAAUAGAAUCAUAUAUUUUGAUCCUGUGCUUGAUGAAUUCAAAAUCUUGCCAUUAACCACCUCUGGACGGAGAUAA